AUGGACGAGGAGAUCACCUUUGGGCCAAGAGAUGCAGUUCCCUUAGCGUCCGGGAACCACGAGGCCAUUGUGAUAGACGUUGUCACCAAUAAUUACCGGGUGAAGAAGGUUUAUGUCGACCAAGGUAGUGCGGUCGACAUUAUGUUCUACCGGGUGUUCCAGGAGUUCGGCCUUACGGAUGACCAGUUGACCCCGGUCCGAACACCUCUGGUAGGCUUUACCGGACCACCCAUCAGCCCGGAGGGGAUGAUCAUCCUGAUGGUCACUGUGGGGCAGGCCCCUAAAUGCCGGACCAUCCCUGUUAACUUUGUGGUGGUCAAGCAGCCGUCCCCGUACAACGUAUUCCUGGGUCGGCCAGCUCUGAACGCCCUCCGAGCUAUCCCGUCCACCCUCCAUCUCAGUGUGAAGUUCCCCACUAAGGGAGGGAUAGCCGAGGUGCGCGGUGAUCCAGAGGUGGCCCGAGCUUGCUACUUGGCCACGCUCCGUGGUCCGGAGAAGAUGGUCGCCCAGACGACCAGUUUGGAGCCCUAUAUCCCAGGAGACGAGACACAGCAGUUGGGCACACAGGACGAGAUUGAGGAGUUCCCCUUGAGGGAGGAGCGGCCCAACCAGGUCAUCCGCAUCGGGGCAUUGCUGCCAGCCGAGGAGCAGGAAGGCUUGAAGGCCUUGCUAAGAGAGUACUCCGAGGUCUUCGCGUGGAUGGUAGAAGACAUGCCUGGGAUCCAUACAGACCUGGCAGUCCACCACCUCGACGUGGACCCUCAUUUCAAACCGGUGAAGCAGAAGAAAAGGAAUGAGGUGAUCAAGGCGGAGGUAGGCAAGUUGCUGGAGUCCAAGAUCAUCACGGAGGUCUACUACCCGACCUGGCUGGCCAAUCCCGUCCUGGUCAAGAAGGAGGACCAGACCUGGAGGAUGUGCGUAGACUUCACGGACCUUAACAAAUCCUGCCCAAAAGACUGCUUUCCCCUACCGAGGAUCGACAGGUUAGUAGACUCCACCGUGGGUUUUGACGUUUUAUGCUUUCUGGAUGCUUUUAAGGGAUACCAUCAGAUCGAGAUGGCUGAGGAGGACCGCGAUAAGACCUCCUUCAUCACCGAGGAGGGAACCUACUGCUAUAGGACCAUGCCGUUUGGACUGAAGAACGCGGGAGCUACUUACCAGCGUCUGGUCAACAAGUUGUUCCAAAAUCAGAUCGGUAAAAACAUGGAGGUAUAUGUGGACGACAUGAUCGUCAAAAGCCGAACGGACCGGCGGCUCCUACCCGACCUAAGGGAGAUCCUGGACAUCCUGCAGGAAAGCCGGGUGCACCUAAAUCCGAAGAAGUGCACCUUCGAGGUCAGAUCAGGGAGGUUCCUGGGUUUCCUGGUGUCCCGGGAGGGAAUCCGGGCCAACCCGGAUAAGCUCCAGGCCAUCGUGGACAUGACCCCUCCGAGGAACGUGAAGGAGGUCCAACGGCUCACGGGGAGAAUGGCAGCCCUGAACAGGUUCCUCUCGCGCUCCGCGGUCAGAGGGCUGCCCUUCUUCCGCGUACUGAAAGCGCCUAAGGAUUUCCACUGGACAGAGGAGUGUCAAAAAGCCUUCACUGACCUGAAGGCUUACCUGGCUGAGCUGCCUACUUUGACCGCCCCUGAACAAGGUGAGACUCUGUUCCUUUACCUAUCCGCCUGCAACGAGGCCAUCAGCGCAGUCUUGGUGCGGGAGGACGGGGGGGUUCAGAGACCAGUGUACUACGUUAGCCGAGCCCUACAAGGACCAGAGACGAGGUACACGUCGGCGGAGAAACUGGUCCUGGCCCUGGUACACGCUGCUCGCAAACUCCGCCCCUAUUUCCAAGCUCACAGCAUUAUAGUCCUGACUGACCAGCCCUUGCAUCAGAUACUCACCAGGCCCGAGAUCUCGGGCAGGAUGACCAAGUGGGCCGUCGAGCUAGCCGAGCAUGACAUCGGUUAUCAGCCUCGCAAAGCCAUCAAGGCCCAGGCCUUGGCGGACUUCCUUGCUGAGGGGGUUAGCUUGAGCCUAACCGAGUUAAGUCCCCUGCACAAGGAAAUACUGCCAAGGGAGCCCUGGGUGUUGUUCGUAGAUGGGGCCUCCAGCAAGGAAGGAAGCGGAGCUGGCCUGCUGCUCACCUCGCCCGCGGGGGAAGUUCUGACUUAUGCGCUUAGGUUCGACUUCCCUGCGUCCAACAACGAGGCAGAGUACGAGGCCUUGUUGACGGGGUUACGGAUAGCCCACCAGAUGGGCAUCACCGCGAUCCGGGUUCGAAGCGACUCUCAGCUCGUCGUCCUCCAGAUCCGUGGGGAGUAUGAGGCCAAGGACGAGGUAAUGAAGAAAUACCUGGCUAAGGUACGAGAGGCGGUAACCCUGUUCGAGACUUUUGAGAUUGAGCGGGUGCCAAGAUCCCAGAACAAGCGCGCGGACGCCUUGUCCAAGCUGGCGUCUUCCUCGUUCGCCCACCUGAGCAAGGAGGUCUUGGUAGAGGUGGUGAAGCAGAAAAGUAUCGACCAGGUCCAGGUCCUGGCGAUAGACAGCUCGGCCAACUGGAUGACUCCUCUCAUUGACUUUCUCAGCUCGGGUGCCCUCCCCGAGAACAAAACCGAGGCUCGCCGAAUCCAGAUCCGAGCUGCCAAGUACGCCUACACCGGGGGAACCCUCUAUAGGAGGUCGUACUUGUCCCCCUGGCUAACGUGCGUGACGCCCGAGGAAGGUGACUACGUUCUGCGUGAAAUCCAUGAAGGUAUAUGUGCGGCACACGUCGGGUCCCGGGUGUUGGCCAAAAAGUGCCUCCUUUUGGGCUACUAUUGGCCCUCCGUCUUCCGAGACGCAGCAGAUCUGGUCCAGAAAUGCCGAGCUUACCAGGUGCACGCUUCGCUGCGCCAUCAGCCAGCUCGGGAGAUGGUCCCCAUCCACAGUCCUUGGCCCUUCGCUCAAUGGGGGAUAGACCUCCUGGGUCCCUUCCCCCGAGCCCCGGGAAGAUACGAACACCUCGUGGUGGCAAUAGACUACUUCACAAAGUGGGUGGAAGCGGAGCCCCUGGUCUCUAUCUCCGGAAAGGCGAUUCAGAAAUUCUUCUGGAGGAACAUAGUUUGUCGCUUUGGGAUUCCACACGUCUUGAUAUCCGACAACGGCCGCCAGUUCGCCGAGAACCCUUUCCGGAGCUGGUGUGCUGAGCUCGGAAUCAACCAACACUUCGCGUCGGUUGGCCACCCCCAGGCCAAUGGUCAGGUGGAGAACGCUAACCGAACUGUUCUGCAAGGAUUGAAGACUAGGUUGGAGUCCGCCCAAUCGAGCUGGCUGGAUGAGCUCCCCAGUGUCCUUUGGGCUUACCGCACUACGCCCAGAACGGCUACUCACGAGACCCCGUUCUCCCUUACUUACGGGGUAGAGGCUGUGGUGCCCGCAGAGGUGGGUCUUCCCUCACCCAGAACACAGAAAUUCGUGGCAACAUCCAACGAGGAAGAGCUUAGGUGCAACUUGGACAUGCUCGAAGUCAGGCGCGAGGAAGCUGCUAUUCGAAUGGCUAAGUAUAAAAGCCAGCUCGCUCGCUAUUACAACGCCAAAGUAAAGACUAUACAGUACCAGCCAGGAGACCUGGUCUUGCGAAAGAACUCGAUCAGCAGAGCUUAUAGUUCCAACAAGCUCGACCCAAACUGGGAGGGUCCGUACAAGGUCCUCGAGGUGAGCCGAGCUGGCUACUGCAGGCUCGCUAAGAUGGAUGGAUCUGGGGUACCUCGGACGUGGCACUUCUCCAAUUUGCGAUUGUUUGUAGCGUAG